AUGUCCGCAUAUUCAUCCUUCGCGAUCGCAGGAGCUGGCUUGGUCGGAACGUUCGUCGCCAAUGCAUUCCUUCAAGCGAAGGCAUCCGGUACGAUCAAGGACGUUACGAUCCUCACCCGUUCGUCGUCCAAGAAUGUCAAGAUCGAUGGGUUAGCGAGCAAAGGCGCAACUAUAGCCGCGGUCGACUACGACGACCCGUCCUCUCUUUCGAACGCUCUACAUGGCGUCGAUGUUGUCAUAUCAACAUUUGGCCGUGUCGCCCUUGCAUCUCAGCAGGCCCUUGCCGAGGCAUCUAAAGCUGCAGGCGUGAAACUCUUCGUCCCCUCCGAGUUCGGCAACUCAACAGGGAACCCACAAGAAGGAACUCUUGCCUACAAAGUUGCCUUUCGGGAGAAGUUGAAGGAGAUUGACCUUCCGUACACCCUGAUCUUCAGCGGUGUGCUGAUGGACACAGGUCUGACCCCCUUCAUGGGUAUUGACCUCGCCAACGGUAAAGGUAUCGCAGGCGGAGACGGAAACACUCCCAUCUCUUGGACCUCGAUGUCAGACGUGGCUUCCUUCCUGGUACACGUCCUCACUACCAUGCCGCCUUCCGAGCUGGAAUGGCGCGCGUUUCACAUCGAAGGCGAACGCGCCUCACUGAAUGAAAUCUACAAGGCCUACGAGGCCAGAACAGGGAAUAAAGUUGAAGUCACCUAUCGGUCUAUUCCCGAGCUUCAGAAGACGAUGAAGAAUAAUCCAAAGGAUAUUGGGAGUAUGUGGCAAUGCCUGUGGGCGUUGGGAGUAGGCAUUGUAGGGACGCCUGAGCAGGUCUCCGAGUCCAUCAGAGUUUGGCCAGAAUGGAACCCGAAGAAGAUCUCAGAUGUUACUUCUUGAGCUGAGCGAGGUCGGCCUCGUAGGUCUAUGAUUAUGGGUUUCCUUGUUUUUGCUACAGCUUUGCUCCGUACGCGUGUUCGCC